GGUAAGAGUAAUAUUAUAGUACUACUACAUUGCCACACUCUUCACUUUCCCGCCAGAAGAUGAUCGUCCCUAUAAACAGAACCCACGGUAAGUGGACGCAAUACGUAAUAGUCGAGUUGCAAGGGGACCUGGAGGCUGCCUCCUCAGACCCAGAGAGUGGCCAGUUUCUCGGUGACCUUCACUACAACGAGGCUGGUAUCCCCAUAAUGAUCCUGGGGAUGCACGUACUCCAGGGAAAAGAGACAAUCCUGGCAAAACCAAUGGCUCUGUUCGAACGAAAUAAAAAUGAGGGUGAAGAGGUGGAGUAUCUAGUCAAGGGGAUAAUCACGAAGAAGGUGAUGUUUCGAGGAAGGCCGAAGCCCAUCGUCACAGAUGUUCCCCUAACCAGAUAAAUAUUCUCAACUCAAUACUUUUCACGUACACAAAAUGAGUCGUUUUUCAUCCAAAAUAACUCAAGAUCCACGGAGCGAAAUUCAUCAUUGUUUCUCUCAUCUUGGAGCGAUUUUUUUGGGCUUCACAAUGAGACUCGAUUCAAUCAAAUUGCACCAUUUGGUCAGGAGAUGUUGAUGAUUUUAGAAGGUUCACUUUUUACGACAUCAAGGGAGGAAAGGGUUUUUUUUCAUUUCAAGAGGGAAGGGUGGAUUUAAGAGUUAUUUUAUUACAAAUGAAUUAUUUUAAUACAAAUUAGCGUAAGUUAAUCCUUCAUCUCGCCCUCCUCGUCCUCCUCCUCGACUCCUCUUAUGUACAUGACGUUGUUACACCGAAUUAAAACCUCCCCGAGGUUUCCUGUGCACACCCCAUCGACGUGUUCCUCGGUGUUGGCUAGUUGGAGGUUCAUGUAGCCAUCGACAGAGACUAGAUAGCCUUUGUACUCGUGUCCCCACUUGAGUUUAACCAUCACUGGCUUUCCGGUGAGACCAUUGAGGAAUGGUUUGGGAUUUAUGGGCAUUGUCGCUGCCAUUGUUGAUGAUUAGUGGUUUCCUGAAAAUACAGUUGCGAUGGUGAGAGGAAACAUCGGGGUGAAUUUUAUAAAUUAAACAUGUCAAAUGAGUAAU